UUUAAAAAAAAAAAUGGCCAACAUCGGCACCACCCUAAAGUUCACAAUAAUUCUCUCAUUGCUCAUUAUUCCUCUAACCCUUUUCACCAAAUUAGUAUCUUCCACUAAUGACAUAGAAAAUGAUGAAGAUGAUGAAGAGUAUGUUGUUGACACUACCCCAUUGUUAUUAAGAAGGCAUAAAGCAACAAGUAGGUUGUUGUCAAGCAUAAUAAUCAAGAAAGGUGCACAUUGUGAUGUUGUGACUAACAACAUAUGCAAUGGGAUCCCAGCAAACAAAGGAAAAGGCCUUCUCUUUUGUUGCAAGAAGCAUUGUAGAAACGUUCUAAGUGAUAGGAACAAUUGUGGAGUUUGUGGCCACAAAUGCAAGGUACUAGGUGAGAGAUGCUGCAAUGGAGUUUGCACUAAUGUUUGGUAUAACGACAAUCAUUGUGGCAAGUGUAACAACAAGUGUUCAAACGGUGAUAAAUGUGGGAAUGGAUUCUGUGGCUAUGCAUGAAAAUACAACUUAUAAUUUGAAGGUGGGUCUAAUCUUAUAUAAUUUAGAGAGUUUUUUUUUUUAAAUCUUAAAAGAUAUAGAAGAAAGCAUGUGUUACACUUUUUA